CACGCCAAUGCGGAGGCGGCUCUCUUGGUAACUCUAUUCAACUUCACGUCCGAGUCAGCCGUCGGCGUGCCAGCAUCGGAGCUGUUGUUAGAGACGACCAGUCAGCCGCCAUGGCCUACAACGGAGCUCCGUCCUACGGAGCCCCUCCCGGACCUGGUCAACCCUCUGCGCAAUUUCUUCCCUAUCGGCCGACCACCCAGCAACAGGAUCAUCAGGCUCAGCAGCAGCAGCAGCAGCAGCAGCCAGCCCAACAUGCAGGGCCAGCACAUGGUUUCCAACCAUAUCAACCUCCUCAGGCUCAAGCUCAGCGUGUUGCAUCCCAGCCGCUGCCCCCGCCGCAGGACGCUGGCCAGAUGAGCACCGAUGGCAUAACCCCAGCCCCGCUCCGCCUGCUACGGAAACCAGUGUCAGGCCCGGCCACGCCUCACGCAACUCCUCCGCUGGCACAAGCACAAAACCCGGGCUACUUCUCACCACCGACACCGUCGCCGAUCCCGUAUGUUGCAGACACUGAAAACCUCCAUCAUCCAGCUCAACAGCAAACAUCGCAUCACCAUGCCUCUGGCUACGGCCCUGGCAUCCAGACUCCGCUAGCACCCCAGCAAGGGCAAAUGGCUCAGGGUCAGCCCACGCCGCCUGCGUCCCACCAGAUGGGAUGGUCUUCAAGCUUCAUUGCUGAACUUCCGGGCUCGGUGCCUUACGAUGGCAGUAACCAGACUUGGAAGGCACCCGCUGCUCAACCUGCGGGCGCGGCACAGGGGAAGUCUGACCCCCCCAACACUGCCCAGGCUGGCCAAAUUGCAGAAAUCGGCUCAGGUGCAGACGCAAGAGACGGCUUGCCCAGUCAACGGGUCAAGGUUGAGCCCGCAGAGGGUUCUCCAGCCGAUGCAUCCUCGACUCCAGCUCCGAUUCCAGCACCAAAUUCGGCCUUGACUUCAGCUCCCACUCCAGCUCCGACUGCCGCAGACAGCGAAGGCCUGAUCCCUGUGGAGAAGCCUGGGCGCCCUGACCACGAAGGCCUUAUUCCAUUUCACCCCGUUGACGGUCAGCCAGCCGAGCAUCACCCUUCAGCAUCAAGCACUCCCGCAUACCCGGGCGUUGCCCCUACCCCUCCCAGCUCCGUGACCAGCUCCGUGACCAGCUCCGUUCACCAACCUCAGCCAACGGCUGUGCAAGUACAAUCGGGUUAUGGGACAGACCCACGCCCAUCGUCAACUUCUCCAUAUCCGCAAGCCGCCGGCACACCAGCACAUCAAUGGCCCGGGCGCCCAAUGUCGCCACCAGCGUACCCGUCCCCGAGCAGUCCAAGUUUGCAACGGCCCCCCUCCGUCGCAUCCUCGACAAUCAGCGCGGCUCCGCCGCAGGCCCCUACUCCAGCCAUUCAAUCCCCGGGAGGACCUUAUCAGCCCCCCGCGACCCCUACUCCUCCGCAAACAUCUGCCCAUGCACGUUAUCAGUCUGCAACCGUGCCGGUAGCUCAGUCUCAUUCACCGUCCCCCACGGUUCAGGGGCCACCGGUAGCUGGGACGCCAGUCCCUCCGGCUUCUCCCAACCUCCAACAGACCUCGUUUGCUUCACAAUUUCAUCAUGCUCCAGCGGGCACGACAUAUAUGCCGGCAGCUUUCCCAGCGAAACCACAGACGAUCCCAGCUCAGCCCGUUCCAUUUGGCCCGCCGCAUGCUGGCACAUUCCCUGUCUCGCACCCCUCGGCCAUCCCAUCCAUGCCGUCUGUCACCCCUACCCACUACAGCUUCCCUGCAUCUGCUCAUCCGCAAAUGGUCAAACCGGGCAGGCAUGCAGGAGCGAGCUCAAGCUUCGAUGGAUUCGCUAAAUCCGUCUUCAGCAAAGACACGGUGAAAUGGAGCAAGAAGACGGCCAGCCGGCUUGGCGGCGCCAUCAAGACGGCUGCAACGUCGGCGCAUGCAGCCGCCACGAGCGCCCAAACUGCUGCUGCUCAGGCCGCAGCCCUGCACCGACAAAAGUCGCAGUUGAAGGCAGCGUCGACCAUCGCAGGCCAUGUCCCGGGAACCCCUGCAUUGCCGGGAACCCCCCCGGCAUCGACGGGCGUGCCAAGUCAGACCUGGCCUGGCCCCGGGGCGCCUGGCCCUCACGCAACUCAUACUUCUCAGAUGGGCAUGCCCCAAGGUGCGGGAGGGUCUGUGCACCCCCACCUUCAACCCCCGGGCCAGAUGCCUCCGGCUUGGUCGCCAACCCCCCCAGCGAACGGGCAAGGUGCCGCUCAAACCGGACCCGCACCGCAGCAAGGGUACUUCCAGAUGCCUCCUCAGCCGCAAGCCCAGCCCCCUUCUAGCUAUCCUCAAGGAGCUCCUGGCCAGGUGUCUCCCCCAGCUGCCCAUCAGCAUCCGCAGUCUUGGCAGGUGAGCGGCUCCGUAGUGGCGAGCGUUGGCAAUAACCCAGGCGGUCCUGUCCCAGCAUCUGGAGUCGGUACAGGAGCGACGGUGCAAUCAAUCCCGCCUCCUGCGCCCCAAGCAGCUACGUCUCCUCCCCUAGGACCUCAAGGGCCGGUCAACCAAUAUCCACAACCUCAAAUGGGCGUACCGGUUCCUGGGACACAAGCGGGAUCUCCAGGGCAGUUCCCACUCCCCAGCACCCAGCAUCAGCAUUCUGGGUCGUGGUCCUCUGGGGUUGGUGGUGCGUCAAAUACCGGGAACACGUCAGGGGUGCCUGCUCCAAGCGUUGGAAAUGAACACAAACCCGGACAGGCAGCUCCUCCCAACUCGCCCCCUGCAUCUCCUGCUCCUGAGAAGCCGCUGGAGGGACAGAUUCCCAAAGGCAAUACGCCCACACAGUCUCCCCCGCCUACAACACCGAACCAAGGACAUCUAUCUGGCGGGCCUGUCUCUGUGAAUGGGUCGGGCGGAGAACAGUCCAGCCAGAUUAACCCCUCCCAACCGAACCCUCCUGCUCAAGCAAGCCCGCCUCAGCAGCCGGUUCACCCGCAAGCUAACCGUCCCCCCGGCUAUCAGCAAGGCCAACCAGUACCAUUCAAUCCGCAAAACCCUGCAGGUCAGUCUUGGCCGCCUGGACAUGCCGCUUCCCCAACUCCCAGCCUGGCAACACCACUGCCAGGGUCUGCUGUCCAGCUAGCGGGAGGAGGGCAGCUUCCCCUUCAACAACACCCGCAUCUUCAGCAGCCCCCGCUUCAGCAGCAGCCUCCCCUCCAGCAGCAGCCGCCCGUUCAACGCCAGCCUCCUCAUCAGCAGCAACCUCCUCAUCAGCAGCAACCUCCUCAUCAGCAGCAACCUCCUCAUCAGCAGCAACCUCCUCAUCAGCACCUCCUCAUCAGCAGCAACCUCCUCAUCAGCAGCAACCUCCUCAUCAGCAGCAACCUCCUCAUCAGCAGCAACCUCCUCAUCAGCAGCAACCUCCUCAUCAGCAGCAGGUUCCUCUCCAGCAGCAGCCUCCCCAUCAGAUCCAAACAAGCAUCAGCACUGCCAGCCAACAAUGCGGGUGGAGCCCUGCCGGUACUGCAACAUCUGCAGCACCGGUGCCAGCUGGUGCCAGUGGAAGUCACCUAGCACCAGCGCAACCAUCUCAGCAACAACACCCUCUUCAUCAACAACAACCCCCUCAUCAACAACAUAUCCCUCAGCAUCAACCCCCUCAACAGCAACACGUGCAGCCUCCUCAGCAACAGCUCCCCCCUUACCCACUACAACCCCCUCAGCAACAUACCCCUCAGCAACAAUCCCCUCAGCAUCAAGGCCCCCAGCAA